GAAAGAAGUAUGCAAAAUUAACUAUGUAUAUGAUAAAGUACGCAGAUCAUUCAUUCACCUGAUGAUGGAUAAACUUCCAGCAAAUAUGGAGUCCUUGAAUGUGGAGAGGAAAAGGGUUUCUCCUCGAACAAUCAGUUUAAUGAUAUGCCUUUUCUUAUUUGCAAUCUUCUUCUCUUUUUGGAUGAAUUCAUCCCUGGAAUCCAUCAAACGUUUGUACGUUGAAGAAACAAAGACGACGAAACCUCAACCUCAACCUCAACCUCCUCGCUUUGCAUACUUGAUAUCUGGAUCAAGUGGUGAUCUAGAUCAACUCUGGAGAGUUCUCCAAGCGGUGUAUCAUCCAUGGAAUUAUUACGUCGUGCAUUUGGAGAAGGAAUCCUCAAUGGAGGAAAGGCUAGAGCUUGCUUCACGGGUUGAGAAAGAUGCCAUUUUUAGUAAGGUGAAGAAUGUGGUAAUGAUAACCAAAGCUAAUAUGGUUACUUAUGGAGGUCCUACCAUGCUGUCCAACACACUCCACGCUUGUGCCUUGCUCCUCAAGAGAUUUAAGGACUGGGAUUGGUUUAUCAACUUAAGUGCUACCGAUUAUCCAUUAGUGACUCAAGAUGAUCUUCUUCAUGCCUUUUCUGGUUUAAAGAGGGACUUGAACUUCAUAGAGCAUACUAGCGAGUUGGGUUGGAAAGAGGCUGCUAGGGCCAUGCCUUUGAUCAUAGACCCUGGCUUACACAAAAAUACAAAGUCCCAUAUAUUCGGGGUGUCACCUAAGAGAGAUUUGCCCACUGCUUUUAAACUUUUUACGGGUUCAGCUUAUGCAAUCCUUUCGCGUGAAUUUGCGGAGUACGUGAUAUAUGGAUGGGAUAACCUUCCAAGAACCCUCCUAAUGUACUAUUCAAAUAUCGAUUGCGCCGACGAAUGGUAUUUCCAGACAACAAUCUGUAAUUCCCCUGAAUUUGUCCAGACGGUUGUGAACCAAAACAUGCAUUACAUCACUUGGGAUACUCCCCCGAAAAUGCAUCCGGAGUUCUUACACAUUAAUGACACGGCCAACAUGACUGCGAGUUAUCUCCCCUUUGCUCGUAAGUUUAAGCAUAAUGACAUAGUACUCAACAAGAUCGAUUCAGAACUCCUUGGCCGGAGAAACGGUUCCUUCACCCCUGGUGGAUGGUGCGCCGGCAAGCCCUGCUGCUCCAAGGUUGGAAAUCCCACGAAGAUCAAGCGAGGAGAACCGGGGGCUGAACGGCUUACUCGCCUUCUGGCUCGAAUAGUUUAUUCUGCCGAAUUUAGAGACAGACAAUGCAAGUAGAGAUUUCUUAGAACUCUCCUCCGUCCCGAAAUUAUCGACCAGUUUGAAUUUUCGGUUUUAGUUCAAAUUGUAUUAAAACUGAAAAUGCAAUCAGGACAAUAAUUUUAGGACGGAUGUAAUAAUUAAGUGCAUCGUAAAUCUGUUCCUCUCUGAAACAAGAAUAUAUAAAAACAUUUGGCAAUUUCACUACCGGAGGGAGUAGUUAUCCUUGAAUGGUGAAAAUAAAGAGCUGUAAAAAUUUGUACUGGCUUGAAGAGAAUUUAGGCCAUAUCACAAUUGGUGUGAAAACAUCAAUGAUUUGUAGCUACAAGCUAAUGAAGAAGAGACUCCAGAGGCAAUCAAUGGUGAUCGAAGACACAACUAAAGCAUAGUGUGGUGAUAAGUGGUAACUACCCCUAUAAGUUAAGAGGGUGGACAACUGGACAUCAUUAGUGUGAAUCGAUGUGAUGGAUCUUGCCAAAGUUGCUGUGUAAAAACAACAAGUUUUACUCUGACCAGUGACUAUUUAU